UGGUAAAUAAACAUCUCUAAACUGGCACACUGGCAUUAUCAUGGAGAAAGAAAGUUCACCUACUCGAUGGACUACAGGCUAUGCGCCUAUUAGAAUUAUUAGAAACUCCUCUCCUUUGCAUACUAACUAUGAACCUGCUGUUCCUGCUGCUUCUGACCAUUCACUCUGACUGGGCCAUGGGAGGCAGAGCUCAGCGCAAACAGCGGCAGGCUGAGGACACCCUGAGACCGUAUCUGGGAAGGGUGGACCCAGCCCAACUGUGUGAGCUGCUGAAGUGCCAUAGUCCCAAGGGUUCCUGGUGUCAGGUGGUGAUGGAGAACGGAGCGCUUGUCCCAAAGUGUGUGUGUCCUAAGACCUGCCCAUGGCAGGGGGCGCCAGUGUGCAGUGUUCUAGGAAAGACAUACGGGAAUGAGUGUCUGCUGCAUAGAGAAGCCUGCCGCAAGAGACGUCGGAUUGGACUGGCUCAUGCAGGGUCCUGCCUAGUUUCAAAGGCAAACUGCACAGAGAAGGAGUAUGGCCAGUUCCCAUACCGCCUCAUGGACUGGUUCCUGUUAUUGAGUCGCAUGGGAGCGUCCUACGCCCCCUACGCCCCACCCCAGAACUGCCUGAGCCACACCCAGCGCACUCAUUUAGCCCAGCAAACAUUUGCCCUGCUGGACAAGAACAACGAUGGGAAGCUGAGUCAGAGAGAACUGAGGAAGUUACGCUACAAGAGAAUGCCUCUAGAACAAUGUGCUGCCUCGUUUUUACAGUCAUGUGACAGUAACAAGAACAGUAAGGUGACCCUGGCUGAAUGGAUCUCCUGUCUGGUGGAUCGCUCCGAGAGAUGGUUCCAGAGCUUCAUGUCAAUGAAAAUGGGAUCUAGUAAGCUGUGUCCCGUGAACACCAAAAACAACCUUUGAUUUGAGAAUUGACACCUCUACUGUCAUUCCUCUAUACAAUCAUCAUCAGCAGCAUCAAAGAUCAUCCCCAUGUCUCCAUCAUAUUUCUACCACUCCCUGUCACACUCAUGGGCCUACCGUGUUUGUUAUUGAUUCAUGACAUCAUCUGUUUUAUAAAGUCCACUGUACAUCCAUCUGUGUGGGGAAA